UCACAGUUUACAGUAGUGACGCAGCCUCACCUGUACCGGUGAAACGAGAUUACACGCAUCAGAACUGAUGUAUGCAGAACAAAAAUAUGAGAUCACUAAAUGCACAUUAGGAACGAAGAGGGAAAUACAUGCAGAAAUCCCAACUUGGUUGACUUUUGCAUUGGCACACACUGCAGAGAUGGAAAUUGAAUCAAUGGUAGCAAACUGUGCACUUAUUAAAGCACGAGAAGUAGGCAAUGGUGGAAAACGCAAAGGAAGAAGCCGAAAAUGGAGAGACUUUCUGCGUUUCCCACACAUAAAUGAGUGUAAACAGUUGGAGAACACCAUCGAGCGAGAUUAUGACAGUCUUUGUGUGAAGCAGCCCAUCGGCAAACAACUGUUUCGACUCUUCUGUGCAACGAAGCCUGAUUUGCAGUAUUGCAUUGACCUCAUGGAUUCAAUGGAAGAAUAUGAGGUCACGCCUGAUGAGAAGAGAAAUAACUUUGGCAAUAAACUUGUCACAAAGUAUCUCACUUCACAGUUUGUUCACAGUGUGAAGGAAAUUUUAUCCAACCAACUUCAGAUCUGCAAAUACAACCUGGAGGUUGACGCCUCUGAAGACAUCUUCAACGACUGUGAAAAAGCCCUACAUGAGUAUCUGAGUGGAGAUCCAUUCACAGAGUAUCAGAAAAGCAUGUACUUUGAUCGCUUUCUGCAGUGGAAGAUGGUUGAGAGACGGCCAAUCACCAGAGACACAUUUCGAGAAUACCGUGUUUUGGGGAAAGGAGGGUUUGGAGAGGUGUGUGCGUAUCAGGCGAGAGCCUCGGGGAAGAUGUACGCCUGUAAAAAACUGGAGAAGAAGCGAGUGAAGAAACAGAAGGGUGAAGCGAUGGCCCUCAAUGAGAAGCAGAUUUUAGAAAGGGUCAACAGCAGAUUUGUGGUCAGUUUAGCGUACGCAUUUGAGACUAAAGAAGCUCUUUGUCUGGUACUGACGCUGAUGAACGGAGGAGAUCUGAGGUUUCACAUCUAUAACAUGGGCCCACAGGGGCUCUUGAAAGACCGAGUCAAAUUUUACGCUGCUGAGGUCCUCUGCGGUCUCGAUCACCUUCAUCAACAGUCCAUUAUUUACAGAGAUUUAAAGCCCGAGAACAUACUGCUGGAUGAUGAUGGUCACAUCCGGAUAUCUGAUUUGGGACUUGCUGUUAUCUUAAAAGAGGAAAGACUUGUGAAAGGCAGAGUGGGCACGCAGGGUUACAUGGCUCCAGAAGUCAUCAGUAACAAACACUACGGUGUAAGUGUGGACUGGUGGGGUCUUGGGUGUCUCAUCUAUGAGAUGACAGCUGGAAAUCCUCCUUUUCGCAUCCACAAAGAGCGAGUGUCAAGAGAAGAGAUGGAGAGGAGAGUUCUGGACAUGACCGAAAAUUAUGGGGAAAAGUUUGAUGAGCAUACGAAAUCAAUUUGCAAAAGCCUUUUGGCCAAAAACCCAAAGGAGAGACUGGGCUGUAUGUCUGGGAAUGGAUGUGAAGAUAUUAAAGCUCAUCCGUUCUUCAAGAGCAUCAACUUCACCAGACUGGAGGCCGGCCGCGUGAAACCACCGUUUGUUCCUGAUCCGAGAGCUGUUUAUUGUGCAGAUGUCUUGGAUAUCGAUCAGUUCUCCACUGUUAAAGGAGUGAUCCUCAAUGAGACAGAUAAUGAUUUCUACACUAAGUUUAACACGGGAAGUGUGGCCGUGCCUUGGCAGAAUGAGAUGAUUGAAACUGGGUGUUUUAAGGACUUGAACGUGUUUGGUCCGGGAGCGACAAGAACUCCGGAUCUGGACCGGAAUAUUGUGAUCUCAUUGAGCGGCUCUGAUCCACAGCUAGCUAAUCGGAGUCCACCGGAUUACGCCCCACAUCGGCUACUGAACAGAAUCUUUGGAAGACGGCGAAGGGGUCGAUCUGCUGAGCCCAUUUGUCCUUCCAGUCAGGGAUCUGAUUCAGGAUGAACUUCAUUUGAGGAACGAAAACAUCUGAAACAUCUCACUGAAGACAUAAACGGUGGCUUCCAAACAGACAUUGUUUAAAUAUUACUAAAAUCUACAGGAUUUGAUACCAUUUUCCUAUAAUAGAAAGCUUAAUUGAUUUAAGUUGUUUUGUACACAUGUAUUUUUUUACAUAUAUGACUGUGAAUGUGCAAAUAGCGUCCGGUCACAUGAAUACAACUCUGAAUAGAUGUAAAUAAAACUGUGAAAACUAAA